AAACAAACCAUCACAAAGAAAACUUGUUAAACAACUCCCACGCUUCCUCAUCCUCUGCAUCCCAGCAUCACUUGUAGUUGGUGGUGAGUGGUAGCUGUAUUCUUGGAGAGGUAGCAGAGGCAGUGUAUAGCCAUUGGGAGCUUGAGGCUUCUUCAGCUCCGUCCAUGGAGGGAGGCAGUGGGAGAGAGGAGGGGCGGAGCCCUGUUGCAGCUGGAGGUGCAGGGUACGGGCAUGGGCCGCCAUGGGUGUUCAGGGGCAGCGCAUUGUACCAGCUGCAUUUGGUGAAGGCGGCGACGGCGCGGGCGUUCGUGCCCAAGGAGCUCCGCCUCGUGGAGGCCUUCGGCUACACCCUCGGCGGCAUGUUCCUCGCACGCUACGACGACAGCCCCGCCGGCAAGUUCGACGAGCUCGUGGUGAUCGCCGGCAUCGUGUGGAACCCGCCGACAUCUUGCGCGUGGGCUGCUAGAGUGCUGGUGAACAGCGCCGAAGCCUGCCGACACGGUCGCAAGGAAGUAGGGCUCCCAAGCCAUGUUGCUACAUUCUCGCAGAUUGAAGCUGCUGCGCUUAGAGAUAAACCGGUGGUGAAAUCAAGCAGCUUCCUGAGCUUGCUUGGGAUGUGCUCGGUUGUCUCCAAGCAUGGGAAUGGCCAUGAGGUAGAGAUCUCAGAGACUAAGGGUUCGUCUACAAGGCAUUUAUGCAACAUUAGUGUACCACUUACUGGGUUGCAUAGACACAAGUGGAUGGGUCCAACAAUCAGAAUGUCACUUCCAAGCUUCAGUGGACAGAUAGAGGACCAUCCUGAUCUUCUGAAGUACUCUUGCCAAGUAGAGGGCAGAGUGCGCCCGGUGAGGCCUGCCAAGAUUUGGAGAUCGAGAACUCCUGAACCGCAGGAGUGUUACGAUGGCAAGAUCAGUAGCAAACACUCGGGCUUACUAGCUGAACCAGAUGCGCAAGAACAGGUCGUUCUGGUCUUGUUAUCUAAGCCUAUCUUGGCUUUGGAGUUCAACUCUCUGCAGAUGCAAGUUGAUGCUCCAAAAGUUGUCGUUCCAUGCUCCAAUAAGAAAGAAGUCAGGUACUCCAGUACUUGAAUAUUAUGGGGACUAUAAUGUCCCGAGCAAUUUUACCAUCCUUGAGAAGGUAUUAGGAGUUACCACUGUUUUCUAUGUAAAGUUUAAUACCUUUUGAUUGCUAGAAUGUAUCUGUCUCAUGGUACCUACUCAGGGAGGGAUGGGAAAAUGCUUUUAAUGUCCCGUGGUUCACAAACAAAGGGUUUUGACCAAGUUUGAUCUGGUUGUUUGAUGAGUUCUUUUUGUUCCUAGUUGGGGUUUAUCAUCUCCUUUCCUUUUUUUUUUCCGAUAUAUAUGCGGUGUGUAUCAUAUCUUUAGUUUUGUUUGUGUUCAAUGAUGCAAGAAAAUUUGUAUUGAACAUGCAAAGUACUCAAUGAAUUGAAAAUUGUUGAUAGUUGGUGUAAUUUGGAAAUAGAUAUGUCGAUAUGGUUGU